UUUCAUCACGGAUUUUAUCAGUCCAUUUUAUUUUAUUUGCAUCGUAUGUAGUCAGCGGAAUUCUUUGAGUCUGAAGUUACCGAAGUUACACAAGAUACACAAUGGAGACGACAGUGCCAGCACCAGCACCGAAAGGAAAAAAGGGAACAAAAAACCGGAAGGAUGCAGCCGCGAAAGAUGUUCCGAAGAAGGUGUACAUGUAUGACGCGACAAACGAAGGACUUCCGCUUUACGGCGUCAUUGUCCAGUGGGAUUUUAAAACUAAAUACUCCAACAGAGCAUUGAUGACCAAAUUUGAACCCAAGCUCGCAGCUCUCAGGCCCGUCUCAGAGGAGGCGAAUAAAGAGUACAGCGUAACAAAAUCCCUCAAACACAAAAUGAUUCCCUUUCUUCGACAUGUCGGUCCAAACAAGGGUAUUGUGAUGUUCAACGAUAUGAAGCAAGCAAACGAAUUUGUCAUGGUCAAGGAUCCGGAAUUUAGCGCCUUCAUUCCCAUGAGCUUUGUCUCUACCAUUGGCGUGGGAGUGUUCAACAAAGCCAACUUCAAGUCCAAAGAAGUUGAGCAAUUCCUACCCACUGGCUACGAGGCGUUGCAGUGGCGCAAGAAGCGACUCGAAAACAGCAAGGUACAAGUUACGAUCGCUGUCCGUGGCACCAAGCUACCGGAGAACUUGAACUUCAGAGGAGAUACCAUUCCAUUUGAACUGUACGAACGCAAACCUGUUCACUGUACCCGUUGCUUGCGGUACGGUCAUCGUACGGGUAACUGUAUGCGCAAACCACGUUGCGGUGCCUGUACAGAAAACAAGCCAGCGUUGAGGCAUUGUGAGAAGGAUUGCAACCGAAUCAAACACAACAAAAACAUCAAGCGAUGCUUGUUCUGCGGACAGGGUCAUACCAUCGGAACGGAGGGAUGCGUCGAGCACGGCCAACAGUGCGAGUAUAAGAUGAAGCUGGUAAAGCACAAGAUGGACUACCUCACUGUGAUUGAGAAGGAAAUUUUGCCGGCCAUUCGAACCACGGCCGUCAAUUCAAAUCGCAUCUGGUUGGAUUAAACGCACAAUCCAGUAAUAUUAAAGACAAGGUUGAUAGAAUUCACAAACAACGGUUGUGGAUUCCUCCAAUCUUGUCCUUAAUCAAAACCCACCUACAUAUUUGAUUGAUUGGACUGAACUGAAUUGCCUAAGUUUCUGUUAUAACGAAAAGAUUUUUUUAUUU